AGAAGUAUGAAAGUUUUGGUUGCAAAGUACGAUGCCUGUCUUCGAUCAGCUGUUUCGGAAAACAAGAUGGCUCUAAGGUUCACCUGGUCUCUGCUCUCAGAAAUCCCCAUUGCUCGCUGUCACAGGGCAGUGAGCACAUCGGCAGCAAGAUAUGUGGACGACCUGACAGUAAAGCAAGUAGAGCCCAAGAGUACCCAUAAGACUCUCAUGACAUCUGAAGAAGCAUCCCAUGAAAAGGCUGUGUCCGGCUACAUCACCAUCGAUACCCCUCAUGACAUCACAGCCAUCAAUGGAGUGCCCGAGGAGCAGCUCAAGACUCGGCGUGUGCUAAUCAAGAUACCCACCAAGAACUCAAUGCAGUCUGGUACUAACAAUCUUCAUCGAUGGAAGAUUAGCUUUGAUGAAAAGCAGCGCUGGGAAAAUCCCCUCAUGGGUUGGGCCUCUACUGCAGAUCCCCUCUCAAACACAGAAGUGAGCUUUUCAUCAAGGGAGGAUGCCAUUGCCUUUUGUGAAAAAAAUGGAUGGAACUGGAUUACUGAGAGUCCUCCAGUCAAGCCACCACGUGUCAAGAGUUAUGGAGCUAACUUUUCUUGGAAUAAGAGGACCCGACGCUCAACAAAAUAGAAUAACAAAAAAUCAUAUGAUUCUUAAAUGUACAUUAGCAGUUCAGGUGAACAUUUUGAACUAAAGCAUACUGCUUGGAAGAUGCAUAUUUCAUGAAAAAUAUUUUGUGUAUGUUGGCUAUACCAAUAUUAAUGAAAAUUACCUAAUAUUGAUAUCAGUUCCAAGCAUUUUUUGUCCUGCAUGUAAGUUAUAUUAUAGUAAAUAAUUUAAUUGUGAAAGCAAAAGAAUGAAUGACAAAAACUUGCUCCUAUACUAUAGUGUCUUACCAGGAAAAAUAAGGCAACAUUUAUAAUGCAGUGACUGAGUUCAGAAGAAUUGUGAACAAAAAAUUAAAUUACCAGUAUGAGAGAUGGAGAGGAAAGAUUUGAAAUUAAAUUGAGGCUCUGUUAUAUCACUGAUGAACUUGGUAUUUGUUUAAAAAGAUUUAUUUUGUGUGUAUAUAAAUAAAAUAGGAAUAGGUAAAAGUAG